AUGUCGCUCAAGAAAGCUGUGGAUAAUUUAUUUUGUAGACUUGGAUUGAGUAUUGGAAAACUGAGGGGGCAAGGUUAUGAUGGUGCUAGCAAUAUGCAAGGUAAGAUAAAUGGUCUCAAAGCACUCAUACUAAAAGAGAAUUCUUAUGCAUAUUAUGUUCAUUGUUUUGCACACCAAUUACAAUUAGCUAUUGUAGUUGUGGCGAUGAAAGAUGAUCUUAUUGGAUAUCUCUUUCAGUUAGUCUCUAAAGUUGGGACCGUUGUUGGAGCAUCAUGCAAGCGACGAGACAUUCUUAGAGAAAAUAAAGUGGAAAGAGUUGUUAAAGCGCUUAAUCUUGGAGAGAUUGAAAGUGGGCGAGGGUUGAACCAAGAAACUAGUCUCAAGCGGCCUGGGGAUACACGUUGGAGCUCUCAUUAUAGUUCUUUGGUUAGGUUAAUGGGUAUGUUUGCGUCGGCGAUUGGUGUGCUUGAAAUAGUCGAGGAAGAUGAUACAUACUUAGAACAAAGAUUAGAAGCAACUUCUUUGUUGGAGUCAAUGCAAUCCUUUGAAUUUAUCUUAUAUCUUCAUAUGAUGAGAACAAUAUUGGGAAUUACAAAUGACUUAUCGCAAGCACUCCACAGGGAAGAUCAAGAUAUUGUUAAUGCUAUAGCUUUACUUCAAUUGUCGAAAGGACGGCUCCAAACAAUGAGGAUAUUCAACUCCGUUAUUGAUAUGCAAGCUAUUGAACUUGAUGCUCAUUUCCCUGAAUCGACUACGGAGUUACUUCUAUGUAUGGCAUGUCUGAAUCCAUCUAACUUGUUCUCUUCUUUUGACAAGAAAAAAUUUAUCCAUAUGGCUGAAUUGUAUCCGCAAGAUUUUUCCUCUAUGGACCUCAUGAUACUUGAUGAUCAACUUGAUAAUUACAUUGAUGAUAUGCGCACUACCAUUGAGUUUUCAAGCUUGCAUGGAAUUAGUGAUCUUGCAUAG